CAAAAAGAAGAGGCGUAGGGCGUUGAUCUAAUCAACAUCCAGAUUACCGUGGCCCACACCAUACCCGAUCCCGUUUCGUGUUCCCCACUCCACCUCUCUCUCUCUCUCUCUCUCCCUCCAUCGUUUCACUUCACUUCUCUUCUCUCCCACCGGAAAUGUCGCAGCAGGUGAACGAGAAGAUUCCCGAAGCCAAGGCUACGGCAGCCACAGAAGAAACAACUGAUCCAGCUAUGAAGAAGUCUUCCACUGAAUCAAGCUCUGCAGAUACUCCGUCUGGAACAGCACCUGCCAUACCAUCUAUGCCAGGAGCUGGAUUUCCUGGAAAUCCCUUUGACUUCUCAUCUAUGGCUGGUCUACUUAAUGACCCAAGCGUGAAGGAAUUAGCUGAACAAAUAGCAAAAGAUCCAUCAUUCAACCAAAUGGCAGAGCAACUUCAGAAGACUUUUCAAGGUGGUGAAGGUGGUAUCCCACAAUUUGAUACACAACAAUACUAUACCACCAUGCAACAGGUUAUGCAAAACCCUCAGUUUAUGAGCAUGGCUGAACGCCUUGGUAGUGCCUUGAUGCAGGAUCCGUCGAUGUCUCAAAUGCUCGAGAGUUUAUCAAAUCCAGCUCAAAAGGAACAACUUGAAGAACGGAUGUCUCGUAUCAAAGAAGAUCCAUCCUUGAAACAUAUUUUAGAAGAGAUAGAAACUGGUGGCCCAACUGCAAUGAUGAAGUACUGGAAUGACAAAGAUGUUUUACAAAAGCUGGGUGAAGCAAUGGGUCUCCCAGUUACGGGAGACCCUACUGCUUUUGCUGGAAAUUCAGGAGAUGGUGAAGCUGAAGAAGUGAAUGAAGAUGAGUCUAUUGUUCAUCAAACUGCUAGUGUUGGUGAUGUGGAGGGUUUGAAGAAGGCAUUAGAGUCUGGUGCUGAUAAAGAUGAAGAAGAUGCAGAGGGAAGGACAGCAUUGCAUUUUGCAUGUGGAUAUGGGGAGGUGAAAUGUGCUCAAGUUCUUCUUGAGGCUGGAGCCAAGGUUGAUGCCUUAGACAAGAACAAGAAUACAGCCCUCCAUUAUGCUGCUGGUUAUGGUAGGAAAGAGUGUGUUGCCCUUUUGCUUGAUAAUGGCGCUGCCGUAACACUACAAAACAUGGACGGUAAGACACCUAUUGAAGUUGCGAAAUUGAAUAACCAGAACGACGUAUUGAAGCUGUUAGAAAAGGACGCGUUCCUGUAAGUUUGAUGUGUUUUUUUAUUAGUGUAAUGUUUGUGUUUAAGGAAUUGGUUUGCUUCCCAUCCUAACUUAUGUUAUGUCUUGUGGUAUUUUUUUCGGGUCAAAUUAGAUGUUUGACCACUUCAACUGUGUGCUAAUUAUUUAUAGAGUAUGAUUAUAACGAAACAUUUAAAGUUCAAAUCGUUCCGUCUUUUGUUC